AUGCGCCGCAUUCCGUGGAACUACGUCCAGCUCGAGAAACUGGGAGAAGGAACGUACGCGACGGUGUACAAGGGACGAUCGCGGACGACAUCGGAGAUCGUUGCGCUGAAGGAGAUCCACCUCGACGCCGAGGAGGGAACGCCCAGCACGGCCAUCCGAGAGAUUAGUCUGAUGAAGGCUGUCCGACGGUAUCGGCCAGCUAGCCACACUGUUGCCGGAGCUAACAAAGCAGAGCUCAAGCACGUCAACAUUGUCCGCCUCCACGAUGUCAUCCACACCGAGUCCAAGCUCGUCCUCAUCUUCGAAUACUGCGAACAGGACCUGAAGCGCUACAUGGACACGCACGGAGAUCGCGGCGCCCUUCCCCUCAACACCGUCAAGCACUUCACCUAUCAGCUGCUGAACAACCUGCUGAUCAACCGCCGCGGAGAGCUUAAGAUCGGUGACUUUGGUCUCGCCCGUGCCUUCGGCGUUCCGGUUGUCACUCUGUGGUACCGUGCUCCGGACGUGCUUCUCGGAUCACGAACGUACAGCACAUCCAUCGACAUCUGGAGUGUGGGAUGUAUCUUCGCGGAGAUGAUUACGGGAUACCCGCUCUUCCGUGGUCGCGACAACAACGACCAGCUGGUCCAGAUCAUGAAGAUUGUCGGCACGCCGAGCGACGCGACGCUGCAGCAGAUCAAGAUGAACAGCCCGGAGAUCCAGAUCAAGCAGCCGCUUAGCAAGCACCCGAAGCAGCCCCUUCACGCGAUCGUUCCGAAAGCGCCGCGUGACGCGAUCAACCUCCUCGAGCACCUGCUCCAGUUCGAGCCUAACAGGCGGUACGACGCGAACGAGGCCCUUGCCCACCCGUACUUCACCGCCGGCCCGAUCUCGCCCGCUGUUCCUCCCGGAGUCGCUUCGGGUGCUGCCUCGCUCGCGCUCCCCCCGCGGGUCGCUGCUCGUGCGUCCCAGGCAUCUGCCGCCGUUCAGGCGCAGCAGGCCCAGGCCGCUCUUCAGGCGCAGCAGGCGGCCGCCAACCAGGCUGCGCAGGCUCAGGCUGCUGCCGCCCAGGCAGCUGCUCAGCAGGCGCAUGCCCAGGCUCAGAUGGCUCAGCAGACGUACAACAUGAUGGUCCAGCAGCACCAGUCAGGACAGGGACAGCAGGCCGGUCCAUACUACGACCCGAUGCAGGCGCAGGCGCAGGCUCACGCCGCUGUGCAGGCUCAGCAGGCUCACGCCGCCGCUCUGCAGCAGCACGCUCAGUACGCUCAGCAGCAGGUCCACCAGGCCCAGCAGCAGGGGCACUACAUGAACCCCGAUGGACGGUACUAG